CAUAUUUCCUUAAAGUAUAGGCGCCAUUCACAACCCUCGGCCUUAUUAUAAAAUAAAAUAAUUCGGCGCCUGUCGAUGACAUCAUCACAAACGGACCGUGUUGUCAUUCUUGAAAUGUGGGAAACCUUUAUCUUCUUGUUUGGUUCGUUUUAAAUUAAUUUGUCGUAUUUCCAACACCAAUACUUCAAAUGGCGGACUACUGGAAGUCACAACCUAGGAAAUUCUGUCAGUACUGCAAGUGCUGGAUAGCGGACAAUAAGCCUAGCGUUGAGUUCCACGAAAGAGGAAAGAAUCACAAAGAAAAUGUGGCUGCAAAAAUUACUGAGAUUAAAAAGAAGAGCAUUGACAAGGCGAAGCAGGAGGAACGUAUGUCUAAAGACUUUGCAGCAAUGGAGGAGGCUGCGAUGAAAGCAUAUCAGGAAGAUCUGAAGAGGAUGGAACGAGAGGCAGCAGGUUUACCAGCCCUACCAACACAGCCGAAGCCACAACCACAGGUUAAACCACAGGCUAAACAUCAGACCAAAAAACAGCAAAAGAAAGGGAAAGCAAACAAGCAGCCGCGCGGCCAAUCAGAGGCCCAGGUUUGGGUUGAAGGACAGUCAGAUGAUGGACACGUGUACUAUUACAACACAAUAACUGGAGAAUCUACAUGGGAAAAACCAGCCAACUUCCAGGGAGAAAACUCGGCCUCUGCCCAGCCUGCACAGACAGAGAGCUCUUCAGGCUGUCCGUGGAUGGAAGCAGUCAGUCCUGAGGGUUACACGUAUUACUACAACUCAGAGACUGGAGAGACCAGCUGGGAGAAGCCAGCAGACUUUCCCUCGAUCGAAGCAUCUGCUUCUGGGUCCAACGCAGAGCCAGAGAGUCAGGAGGAGCCAUCGGCCCCUCAGCCGGAGCCGCCCUCAGGAGGAGAGGAGAGCUCCGACGGGGCCACGGCGUCUCAGGAGGCUCAAGUCCCUGAACAAGGCAGCCAGCAGUCCAAAGCCCCAAAGAUCAGCUUCAGGAAAAGGAAAGCAGAAUCGGAGCCAACGGAGAAAGAGGGAGAGGAUAAAGUGAGUGAUGAUGCUCCUAAAGAGGAGACAGGUGAGGUGAAAAAAGAAGAGGAGGUCCAAAGCCUAGCAGCUGAACCUGAAGAGAAGAAAGAGGCGGCACCAGUGACGACAAAAGCCAAAAGGCCCAAAACCAUCAAUCCAUACGGGGCCUGGGAAGAGAUCCAGGAAGAGGAGGACCCAUAUGCUAAUGUGGACUUACAGCUGCCUCAGGUGGAGGGCAGCGCCGCCAGCGCUCCGACAGAUCUGCCGCCAGAGCCCAAGCCCAAGUUCAGAGAGCGCAUCAUCACUUCCCUCGGAGAGGAAGGCGGACCGGCUUCAUUCAGGAAAAACAAGACGCAGAACGGCAAAUCCAGGAGCCUCCGACAGAGAGACAACGACGACUGACUCAGAACAAACUUCAUGCAGCAAAUACAAACUCUUUCCAGGAACUUUUGAUAUAUUGAUGCACCAUUUUGAUUUGUUUUUU